AUGAAAUGGCGAAUUGGGGAUGGGUCGAAGGUUAAUUGUUGGAAUGAUAAUUGGUUACCUGAUUCUUUGUGUUCCUCUGUUACUUCGCCGCAAGAGGAUGCUCCAUUCUCUACCGUGGGUGAUUUAAUCAAUCAUUCUACUCAUUCACGGAACCAAGUGCUGAUUUCUCACCAUUUUAAUCAAAAGGAUCGUCAUUUCAUUCUUCAAAUUCCAAUCAGUUUGAUGGGGCAGGUGGACCGUAAAACAUGGGGUGCUUCUAAGGAUGGUUUGUUUUCAGUUAAGAGUGCCUAUCAUGUAGCACUUUCAUGUCUCAAUUUACAGUCCAGUACUAUCCCCGUUGAAGGCUGUAACUUUGAUGCGGACAGUAGAAGUUUAUGGCAUAAGGUUUGGAAAACCAAAACUUAUAGAAAAAUCCAACUUUUUCUCUGGCAAAGUCUUCAUGAAAGAAUUCUGAUGAAUAAGGAGCUAUUUUCUCGAUGGUUCCAGACUAAGGGUGAAGAUGUUUGUAUUAGUUUGGUGGCAUUUAUUUGCUGGGCAAUUUGGAAAUGUCGAAAUGAUAUGGUUUUUGAGAGAAAACGUUGGGAUUUUUUUGAGGUUGCCCAAUGGGCUUUCACUGAUUUCCAGGAAUACCAAAAUGUUGUUCGGCAAAAUGAGCAACUCUCUAUGCAUUUUUCUCUUCCUUCUCCAAUGACAGCUAGGUGGUUGGUCCCAAAGAGCGGUUGUUUCAAGAUUAACUUUGAUGCUGCUUUUAAUUUUGCUAAAAUGGUUUGUGGUGGUGGUAUUGUCCUUCGUAACCAUUUGGGUCAUCCCGUCAAAGUUGUUUCGAUGUUUAUGGCCAAUGUUUGUAGCCUUUUGCUUGCCGAGGGUCUUAUUUUGAGGCAGUCUUUGGUCCUCUUAAAAUGUUGGGGCUAUCAUCAUGUGGUGGUGGAAGGCGAUUGCAAGUCUGUUAUGCAGUUACAGGUCUGUCACGCUUCUCAGGCAAUUGUUUUCAUGGACGUCUUAUCCCUUCUUAAGGAAUGUUUAGGGUCCUCGCUUGCGUGGGUUCCUCGUGGAGGAAACAAUGUGGCUCAUUUACUAAGUAAAAAGGCUCUUGAAACCGAAUAUGGUGAUUUAGAGUGGCGCGUAUGGCCUAAGUGGUUGUUAAACGCUCUACUCCCUGAAUGUAUUCUCCCUCUUGUUUGA